AUGUGCGGAAUCCUUGCGCUAUUUGGAGUUCAGGAUGCGGGUCCUCUGAGGAAACAGGUGGUCGAGGCCGCAAAGCUCCUGCGGCACAGAGGACCUGACUGGAGUGGCGUCUACUGCGAGGGGUCUGCGAUCAUCGCCCACGAGCGCCUGGCCAUUGUCGAUCCCGACAGCGGAGAUCAGCCCCUCUACAACGAGGCAAGAGACAUCGUUCUGGGCGUCAACGGCGAGAUCUACAACUACGAAGACCUCCAGAAGAACUUGGAGGCCCGUGCCCCUGGCAAGCAUCGCUUCCUCACAAAGAGCGACUGCGAGGUCCUGCUCCACCUCUACGCCGAGGAUGGACUUGACUUCAUGAGCAAGAGCGAGGUGUGCGGCAUGUACGCUUUCGCGAUCUGGGACAAGAAGAACCACUCGUAUGUUGUCGCGCGUGACCCUGUCGGAAUCAUCCCUUUGUACAUUGGCUGGGGAGCAGAUGGCUCUGUGCAAGUGGCGAGCGAGCUCAAGGCCCUUCACAAGGCCCUGCCGCUGAUUCCCUUAUGCUGUUGCUGUACAAUGGAUUGA